AAUAUAAUUUAUUAUUCUUAUUUAAUAUAAAUUAGUUUAAGAUUCUAUGACCAAUGAACAUAGUUCUUCUAAUGAAUUGAAUCUUCCUCCUGCAUCAAUUUCUUCUAAGAAAAAGGGUGUAACAGUUUCCAUAGAUGAUUUAAAUCUUCCAAGAUCCGUUGUCUUAAGAUUAGCAAAAAAAGUGCUUCCAGAACAUACAACUAUUCAAAAAGAUGCAAUAACUGCUCUGAUAAGAGGAUCCUCUGUUUUUAUUAACUAUCUUUCUGCAGCUGCAUUUGAUCUUUCUAAACUCUCCUCAAGAAAAGUAAUACUUCCUUCUGAUGUUUUAAAAGCAAUAGAAAACAUUGAGUUUAGUUCAUUUAUUCCUAGAAUGACUGAAGAGCUUGAAUUAUAUGAAGAAAUUCUUAAGGAAAAAAAAAAUACUACAGAAUUAAAUAAAAAUUCAUCUAUUUUUAUGGAAACUAAAGAUGAACAUAUUAUCAAAAAGAUAAAAACAGAUGACAAAAUUUUUGAAAAAACAAUCAGAACUUCUAUAGAUAAAGAUAACGAAUAUGAUAACCAUACUACUGAUGGGGAGGAUUACUCCAAAGUUGAAGAAAUAGAUAAAAUUAAUUGAAAGAUUUGUACAAAUAAAUAGUGAAAAUUUUUUAGAUAAUUAUAGA